CCUCGUCAGUUCAGGUGGCGCAGCGGUGCGUGCAAUCCACAGACAGACGCGAGCGGAGAGCCAAGAAAAUACGCGAGGCGGCGGCGCGGCGCGGCGGGGGAGAUGGCGGUGACGAUCCAGUCGGUGAAGGCGCGGCAGAUCUUCGACAGCCGCGGGAACCCCACCGUGGAGGUGGACGUGGGGCUCAGCGAUGGGAGUUUCGCGAGGGGCGCCGUGCCGAGCGGCGCCUCCACUGGAAUAUAUGAGGCCUUGGAGUUGAGAGAUGGAGGAUCUGAUUAUCUUGGCAAAGGUGUACUUAAGGCUGUGAACAAUGUAAACACUAUUAUUGGACCAGCACUCAUUGGAAAGGAUCCCACUGAGCAAGUUGACAUUGAUAACUUCAUGGUUCAGCAGCUUGAUGGAACCUCCAACAACUGGGGCUGGUGCAAACAAAAACUUGGAGCAAAUGCUAUUCUCGCGGUUUCACUUGCUGUGUGCAAAGCAGGAGCCAUGGUGAAGAAGAUUCCCCUUUACCAGCACAUUGCAAAUCUUGCUGGAAAUAAGACACUCGUGCUGCCUGUACCUGCUUUCAAUGUGAUAAAUGGAGGAUCCCACGCUGGAAACAAACUUGCCAUGCAGGAAUUCAUGAUCCUCCCUACUGGUGCCUCCUCGUUCAAGGAGGCCAUGAAGAUGGGAGUUGAGGUGUACCACCACCUGAAGAGUAUAAUCAAGAAGAAGUAUGGCCAAGAUGCCACAAAUGUUGGGGAUGAAGGCGGCUUUGCACCUAACAUUCAGGAAAACAAAGAGGGCCUCGAACUGUUGAAGACAGCAAUAGCUAAGGCUGGCUACACAGGCAAAGUGGUCAUUGGAAUGGAUGUUGCAGCUUCUGAAUUUUAUACUGAAAAGGACAAGACUUACGAUCUUAACUUCAAGGAGGAUAACAACGAUGGUUCGCACAAAAUUUCAGGCGACAAACUGAAAGAUGUGUACAAGUCCUUCGUUUCUGAGUACCCUAUUGUUUCGAUCGAAGAUCCAUUCGAUCAGGAUGACUGGACUACCUAUGCCAAACUUACUGAUGAGAUUGGACAGAAAGUGCAGAUUGUAGGGGAUGACCUUCUUGUUACUAACCCCACAAGGGUUGCGAAGGCAAUUAGUGAAAAUACAUGCAAUGCUCUUCUCUUGAAGGUGAAUCAAAUAGGCUCAGUUACUGAGAGUAUUGAAGCUGUUAGAAUGUCCAAGCGUGCUGGAUGGGGAGUGAUGGCCAGCCAUAGGAGUGGCGAGACAGAGGAUACCUUCAUUGCUGACCUCUCGGUUGGUCUGUCUACGGGUCAAAUCAAGACAGGAGCUCCCUGUCGGUCUGAGCGUCUAGCCAAAUACAAUCAACUGCUCAGGAUCGAAGAAGAGCUCGGCGACGCGGCAGUAUACGCUGGACUAAAAUUCAGAGCCCCAGUGGAGCCCUACUAAACCCUUCGUGUGAUCUGAAUCAAGGCGGUGAUGCUGUUGGCCUAUUUCUGUUCGGAUACAAGUCUACAAGCGCAAUAAAACCUCUUUUUUGAAAGAACAUUGUUACUACCUCUUGUCAGUCCCAGAGAUAAUGGUUUAGUUACCCUGGCUAUUUCGUUCAGAACCGGAUUGUUUACUACUACUUUGGUUUCUUGUCACAGUUGUGCACCAAUAUAAGAUCAAUAAAAGAUACUAGUAUGCAACAGAGAAAUUCGCUUUGUCAGAAAGCGUUUUUUCUCCUCCCAACAAGUUGAAUUCGUUGUGUU